AUGUUACAUCGAACUCGAACUCGAACUCGAAAUCAACAAAGUUCAUUUCCUGAAUUAGUUGGUCAAAGUGCUCAUGAAGCAAAAUCGAUUCUUUAUACUUAUGUUCAAGGCUUGACACCAGUUCUGAUGAAACCCAAUCAACCAAUGACAAUGGACUAUCGACCAGAUCGUGUUCGUAUUAUAACAGAUCCAUCAGGACGUGUAGUUCUUCGAACACCUAUGAUUGGUUAA